AAAAAAAAAAAAAAAAAACCCUACUAAGGAAAAAAGAAGAAGAAGAAGAGGGAAAAUAAUUUGGUAAAUACUCUCUUCUCUUCUCUUCACUUCUCUUCACCGCUGCUCAAUUCACUCUUCCCAUACGUACGCAGAUUCCUGCGAAAAAGUGGGCUUGCAGUUGAAGGUGGAAGAAUGCCGAAGGUUAAGACCAACCGUAUCAAGUACCCAGCUGGGUGGGAGUUGAUUGAGCCUACUCUUCAUGAACUAGAUGCUAAGAUGAGAGAAGCUGAACUUGAUCCACAUGAUGGCAAGAGAAAGUGUGAAGCAUUAUGGCCAAUUUUCAAAAUUGCCCAUCAAAAGAGCCGCUACGUUUUUGAUCUUUACCACAAAAGGACUGACAUAUCUAAAGAGCUGUAUCAGUUCUGCUUGGAUCAAGGUUAUGCAGACCGCAAUCUAAUUGCAAAGUGGAAAAAGCCAGGAUAUGAACGUCUUUGCUGCCUACGUUGCAUACAGCCAAGGGAUCACAACUUUGCCACGACUUGUGUGUGCCGAGUUCCGAAGCAUUUGAGGGAAGAGAAAGAUGUGGAGUGUGUGCAUUGUGGAUGUAUGGGUUGUGCAAGUGGGGAUUGAGUGUUUAUAUGGCAUUCAAAGUUAUGAGUUUUCCCCUUGCCACAGCCUAGUUGCAACUGUUGUAGCUAAACUAUUUAUGUUCCUGAAUGUAUGCCAAACUUAUUAUGGUAGCUGAAAUUAAUGACUCUUUAACU